AAACUUGAACCUGCUAAUUUGCCACUGUUUAGGCUGUGUUCUGAAAGCAUUUUAUGAUCCCACCACCUGCCUUCCGAUAUCGGAUUAAAAACCGUCUUGAACGAUUCGCACGCUACUGGAUCCUAUCGCUUUAAAUAAUCACGUAUUAUUCUAAAGUACAAACUCUCCUGUAUACGCAAUGGCGCAUUCGGGCACCGUAAUAAAUAUUGGCGGAGAUAAUUCUGGCUCCGGCUUCCAAAGCGAUUACGGGAGCCGCCCGCCGAUUAGCCCAUCCAGCCGGCAGUUUUCAAAAUCAGAUGAUCUUGGAACGUUCAAAAUCGGCGGUCCGCACGGCAACCACAGCCGCUUCGUUUAUCAUCCCACUGAAGGCACACUAACGCCCAACGGAAGUCGAAGCCCGUCAUUCUCGCGCGACCUACCCAGCCCCGCCUACGAUCUGCCCAUUCGGAUGCUCCCGGACAACGACAACUACCCGCCUUCCUCACCGCUCUCGCCCCUACCCCGAAGUCCCAGUCCGUCACCAGGUUAUCACACCCUUACUCCUUCUUUUCUCUCCGUGGCCACGGAACGCAGCACCCCCAUCCCCAUCGGACGACCCUCCAGCUCGCUGUCGCCACCGGAACAGAUGGUCUUCUCGCCGGAACCCCGUAAAGAUCCACCUUAUUUCCCGACGUACGAGUCGAAUCUGAGCUUCCCGCGGCAACAGUCGCAGUUUAACGGCGGCGCGACGUCGGUCGAAUUCUCUCCCGUACCGGAUGGAUCACGUGUCGGGGCGGUGCAUCGUUUCCAAACGGAGCCGCAGGUGGUGAUUGUCAAUCAGGAUGGACACGUUCAGCCGGCAUCGACGUUAUCUAACCUUAAACCGUCGAAGAAGUAAACGGAGCUUUACCUCUUGCUAAGCUCGUUUGUCUGUUUUGAUGCAGACUGAUAUUCGGUUGACAGGAGCUAUUUUUAACUCGGUGUUGCGAAUUUUGUUGAUCAAGCAUGAUUUCUGGUUGGCAGUCUGUAAGAGUCUAAAGUAAACAAUACGCUUCAGAGCAGUAUAGUUUACAAACUGUUUCUGUUAUGUAAUUUCGCUUGCUAUAAUGAAUUACUGGGAGAAAACACCAUUAAAUUAUUUUAUCCAGG